CAAGGUGGUUGAGCGGCAAGUGUUAUGAUUAAACAGGCUGGAGGUAGUGAAGAAUGGUUGUGUAACAGCUGAUAUCGUCUAUACAAGAUCAUUCAGUAAUCUUAUGGUUAUAGAUAACCGUUAAUAUAUUUGGAUUAUUAGGCGAAAAAUUAGAAGUGAUAGAUUGAAACUUAUAUGCUCACCAUGGGUGAAGAAGGAAGGAAUGACCAAAAUGCUCUUGGUUAUGAGCAUACUUUGAUGUUUGGCUGCUAUAGGGAAGAUCUAGGAGAAUUUGCCAAACUUGAAGCUAGACGUCUAAAAUCUUUAGAAAAGCUUAGUAGAAAACAAGAUAAACUUAGACAACACGAACUUAAACCCUAUCGCCGUCAAUGGCAAAGAAAAUGCAUUGGUCAUUUAUCAACAGUGUGGCAGCACACAUUUGCCAAACUAGGAGAAGAUUGGGUUUUCUUAGCUCUCCUAGGGAUCAUCUCAUCAUUACUCAGUUUUGUGAUGGAUUACGGUAUUGCUAUAUGUCAGAAAGCUCGAAUCUGGUUAUACAGAGACUUGACACAUCAUCCAGCACAGCAAUAUUUGGCUUGGUUAGCCUUUCCUUUAUUCCUCAUCCUCUUUUCUUCAGGAGUUGUACAUGUUGUUGCUCCACAGGCUAUUGGGUCAGGAAUUCCAGAAAUGAAAACUGUCCUGAGAGGUGUAGUUCUGAAGGAGUACUUAACUUUUCGUACCUUAGUGUCCAAGAUGGUGGGCUUGACAGCUUCCCUUGGCAGUGGGAUGCCUCUUGGGAAAGAGGGACCAUUUGUACAUGUAGCAAGCAUUGUGGCCACAUUACUUAGUAAACUUGUGACUUCUUUCAAAGGUAUUUAUGAAAAUGAAUCCAGAACUAGUGAAAUGUUAGCUGCUGCUUGUGCAGUGGGAGUUGCUUGCAGUUUUGCUGCCCCAAUAGGAGGUGUUCUUUUCAGCAUUGAAGUAACCUCUGUGUUCUUUGCUGUACGUAACUACUGGCGCGGUUUCUUUGCUGCUUGUUGUGGGGCGAUGGUAUGGAGACUCUUAGCUGUUUGGUUUAAAGAUGAAGAAACAAUCACAGCAUUGUUUAAAACAAAUUUUCGUGCUGACUUCCCUUUUGACCCUCAAGAACUUGUAGCUUUUUCCAUUGUAGGAAUUUUCUGUGGAUUUGCUGGUGCACUGUUUGUGUGGUUUCACAGACAGAUUGUACAUUUUAACAGACGACAUAAAAGAAUGAAUACUUUUCUACAGAAAAAUCGCUUUCUGUAUCCUGCAGUUGUCACUACAGUCAUAGCCUCACUUUCUUUCCCUCUUGGGCUUGGGCAGUUUAUGGCAGCUGAGUUAACAACUCAUGAUCAAGUAAUGGAAUUAUUUAGUAAUACAACGUGGUCUGGAACCAACCCAGAAGUGGAUGAGGCUAUCAUCAUUAGCCAUUGGUCAACACCAUACACAAAUAUUUAUGUCAAUUUAGUCAUUUAUGUUGUAAUGACAUUCCUCACCACAGCGUGGGCUGCCACCAUACCAGUCCCUGCAGGUGUUUUCAUUCCAGUUUUCAAAAUGGGGGCUGCAUUUGGCCGCCUUGUGGGGGAAUGUAUGGCAAUUUGGUUUCCUCAAGGUGUGAGAAUAGGAAACACAGUCAGCUCAGUUAUGCCAGGAGGAUAUGCUGUUGUUGGAGCAGCAGCACUGUCAGGAAGUGUAACCCAUACAAUAUCCACAUCUGUUAUUGUCUUUGAACUGACUGGACAGAUGUCACAUAUACUCCCGGUUAUUUUAGCUGUUCUCAUAUCAAAUGCCAUAGCUCAGUGUCUCCAACCAUCUAUCUAUGACAGUAUUAUAAAAAUUAAGAAGCUUCCAUAUUUGCCUCCUAUUUUGUCUGUAUCUUCAGAAGCACAUAGUGUUUAUGUUGAAGACAUCAUGAUUCGAGAAAUCACUUAUGUGUGGCAGGGAGUCACAUAUCGAGACCUAAGACAGAUCCUUAAGUUAAAUAGACGACUUCAAUCUUUUCCUCUUGUGGAUUCACCAGAAUCUAUGAUCCUUUUGGGAUCAAUAACUCGAAUUGAACUUCUUAUGCGGAUAAAUCAUCACCUGGGGCGGAAGCGUCGUCUCAGGGAAGCUGCUAAACAGUUGUCUGUAGACGAUACAAGCCGAAAGAGCACUCCACGUGAACAGAGAAAAACAUCGAGGUUUCAAGUGAUACCUGUCACUGGAAGUGGUCGACCUUCCCCUAAAGGAUCUCCACCACCAUCUCCUACUAUGACUCCCAAAUCUCCCAAAAAAUCAAUUCUUAAACCUUCUCCAAUGCAAUCUCCGUACUCCACCAUCACAUCACAAGAUUCAAGAUUAAGGCAGGCAUUUGAAGCAGUUUUUAAGAAAUCUUUGACUCUACAAGAUGCUAACUCUGGUGAUAAGUCUGAUGGUAGUGGACCAACAACCCCAAACGUCCAAAAACGUGUACAACUACCAAAAGAACGAAUAAUAGACAUGUCACCUGAAGAGCAACUAGCAUGGGAAGAAAACCAACUUAGUCAGCCUGUGGAUUUCACCAAAUGUCACAUUGAUCCAUCACCAUUUCAGCUUGUGGAAAAGACUUCUCUUAUCAAAGUUCAUUCUCUGUUCUCUAUGCUUGGACUAAAUCAUGCCUAUGUCACAGCUAUUGGACGAUUGAUUGGUGUCGUAGCUCUCAAAGAGGUCCGACAAGCUAUCGAAAAUCUACAUAGUGGAAUGUUUAAUAGGGUUGUGGAAGCAGAGAAUGGAACUACAUCCUCUGAACCUCCCUCUGAAACUCAAUCAGAAUCAGAGGAUUGUCCUGAGCACAAUACAAAUGCAGAACAUAGUAAUGGUUCAACAGCCUCUCGAAAAGCAUCCAUAGUAUGAGUAGAAGAACGUGUUGUAAGCUAUUUAAUUAGGAAAUGCCUUAUUAGUAUGUUUUAUGUAAGUUUCAGUUGUAUUGUUAGAAGGCUAUUGUUCCACCAUGAACUAGAAAAUAUUUACACAAGCUUCAAACAUCAUAGGAAUAAAACCAAAUUUCAAACUGUAGAUGUAAUACAUGAUCAUGCAUUGUUACUUAAUUCCAUGUUUUGAAGUUUGGAUAUUUUGAUUUAGAAAGGCUUAGGUUAGAAGACAUCAAAACAAUUCCAAUAAGAUUUUUAGAAUUUUUUUUUCAUUUCUUUUACUUUUAAGUUUUUAGAAACCUUUUAGUGAAUAUUUAAUUAUCAAUGCUCUAAAAUGUUGAUUUGUGUCUUGUAUCAUAAAAUUUCCAGAAAAUGUAUGAAAGUACUGCUAGGAAUAAGGUUAACUAAACAGAUAAAAACAAAAUUCAAAACUGAUUUAUGUAUACAAGAUUGUUUUGAUUUAAUUCAAGUUUUCAUAGGAGAUGGGAAAAACAUAGGUUCAGUUAUUUGGUAAACCAUGAUAAUGUGAGCUCAUGGAAAGGAUUAAA